AUUCUCUUUGGUCAACAAAUACAAAACAAAGUAAUGUUCACGAUGAAAAAUCAUUAUAUUGAUUAGUAGUAGUAUUAAUUUUUAUUAUACUUUAAUUAAUACAUAAAGCUGUACAGUCGUGGAAUAUCUACCACAAUUUAUAAAAGUUUCUGUGAUCAGUGAUAGCUUAAUAAGAAUUUUAAAAUGGCUGAUGAAUAUUCAGCAGUUAAACGCGGAAAGCUUGUUUUAAAAGGAGAUAAACCCAAGUCGAAGAAACGUAAACAUAAAAAGAAGGAUAAAUCGGAAGGUUCUAAGGUUGACGAGGACUGCAUCAAGCACGGUGGUUGGUGGAGAGUUGAAAAAAUUGAAGAUCUAACUGGUUCUAUAUCCAUAGAAUUUGGCAAUAAGUCGUACAUAUCAGCAUUAGAUAACGGCUUGUUUACAUUAGGGGCACCUCAUAAUGAUAACGAAGGGCCGUCUUCAGAAGAAAUAUUUACAGCAUUCCCUGCAGGUGAAAAUAAGUUUGCCUUGAAAUCAGGUUAUGGAAAAUAUCUUGGAGUAUCCAAAGAUGGUGUGGUUACUGGUAGAUCAGAUGCAGUUGGCCCAAUGGAGCAGUGGGAGCCAGUUUGGGAAAAUGAUAAAACUGCUAUACUCAGUGCACUGAACAAGUUUAUAUCAGUGAAACUUAACGAUGAUUCAGUUGUUGCUGACAGUGUGACAGCUGGGGAAAAUGAAUACUGCAACAUCCGUAGUAAUAAAAGUAGAGAAAUACAAAGAGUGGUGGUACCUGAGGAGGAAGGCGAUUUAAAUGAAGUUGAAGUGAACUAUGUAAAAAAGUUCCAGAAGUUUCAAGAUAAAAAGCUAAGAGUCAAUGAAGAUGGUGUCUUGGAUUUGAAACGAGCAAAGGUGGAAGGAAACUUACAUGAAACAUUAUUAGAUAGACGGAGUAAAAUGAAAGCAGAUCGUUACUGUAAAUAAUUUAAUUAAAAAUACCUUGCUGUAAA